AUGACAACUAGCCAUGUUUCAAAAGCCGCCAAGGGUCAACAAAGACGUCGCCGUAGAGAGAAGAGCGAGAAAGACGCGCCAGUACCAAAGGCAGCCAUGAAGAAAACCAAGAAGACAAAACCACGAAAGAAGCUCAAUCCCCCUGGAACCAAACUAGUGCCAAUUCAAAUAAAUAGCGAUGCUGAUGAUGAUGAACUCCAGCUCCUCAAUACGCGCCCAGUCAUCGACAUCCCAAAGUCAGUUCAAACCAGCACAACUGAUCACGAGCUUGAGGAGUUCCAAGAGGAAGAAAUUGAAGCCAGAAAUCAAGCAAAUGAUUUGGUUCAAUACUUUAACCUCGCGAUCAAUGAUGAGACAUCUGACGACGAAAGUGGGGAUGAUGAUCCAUUGGAAGAGCUCUGGCCAAUAUUCUCUGGCUGCCUUUCUUCUAGCGAGAACUCUGUUAAGAAACGUGUGUUGAAAUCUGGAAAGAAUGGCUAUCAAAAACCUCUUUCGAACCCAGAUUCCUCCUCUCAAAAACUUCUCCCAGCACCAAUCCCAAAACAGACGAAACAUGAUCGGAAAAAGCGUCAAAUCGAAGCCAUUGGAGCCAACAAUCAGAUGUUCAAGAACUAUUUCAUCCGUCUUGAACCAGUUAAAAACGCGACAGUCAAUCCAGCUAUCGAUCCAGACCUUGAAUCAGCUUCUCUACAGGACAGUUUUUUAAAUCAGAACCAACCGGUCACUAGCAAGUCUCUCGAUUCCCACCAAAAAGAAACAAACGAUGAGUCUCUCAAUGCGCGCUUUACGUCCAUAUUGGAAAAUCGUCUGUCAGCCAUCAAGGCACCGAAUUCUGCCAGCAUCUCUGAGAAAGCUCGUGCUGAAUGGGAAGAGCUGAGCUCAGCGCUAAACACAGCAACCUUACGCUACAAACAAAAAGAGAAGAAAGAAAAAAAAUUCAAGUUUCCUCAAGCAAUGAUGAACAAUCUUUAUCUUUUUAACAAUCUCCGUCUCGAAUACACUCUCAAUGGAACCAAAUCCCCCAGCUCCACUGCUUCACUUAAAGCUGCCCAGUCUGCCAUCAAGCAGCUUCCAAUGGGAACUGUUCCUCCCAAAAAUAGAAGUGGGAUCUAUCUUUCUCGAUUGAUUUCAAGGCAAGCUACGCACGUAAUCAACAAUAAGCAUCUCUCCGAAGUGAAGCGAGGAAAUCGCAAGACUCAUGCUUCAUUAUUGGAUAAUGCUGAGCUUCGAAAGACUUUGUUUACUUGGGCAGCGUCUCAAGUUCCGGGUCAUGUUACUCCGAUUACAUUCCGACAAUACGUGAUUAAUACAAUCUUCCCCAAGUUCAACAUAGAAAAAAGCAUCAGCCGUAACGCUGCAACUCGCUGGAUGAUAAAGCUUGGAUAUAGACCUCAAGAGCACCGAAAGACACUCUACUUUGAUGGACACGAGCGAUCGGAUGUCAUUGAAGCUCGGAAGAAGUACAUUGAAGAUUUGGAAAACUAUCGAAAGCGGUCAAGAAUCUAUGGUGGCGAUAAUCUGGAUACUGCUUCCCAGGUCGAUCCCGAAGUACUAGGCGAAAUGAAAGAAACCGUUUUCAUUUUUCAUGACGAGUCCACCAUCCAUGCCAAAGAGCGACCGAAGUCGUCUUGGCUGCUUCCUGGGACACAAGAAAUCAGAUCAAAAAACGUUGGCCGGCUGAUUCACAUCUCCGACUUCAUUCUGGAGACCACCGGAAGGUUAAAGCUUUCGGAAGCUCAAUUCCGAGACAACAAAAUCGAAUCCGAUGACGCUGCUAUGGUGAUUUAUCCUGGUUCAACUGGGGAUAAAUGGUGGGACAUGGAGCAGCUUUGCCACCAAGUCUCAAAGAAAGCGAUACCUAUCUUUGAGAUACUGCAUCCACAUUCCCAAGCUGUUUUUAUUUUUGACUGCUCCUCUGCACAUGGUGCAUAUUCGAAAUCAGCUUUGAGAGUUCAAAAUAUGAAUCUGAAUCACGGCGGAAAACAAUCAAGACUACGAGACUCAGUCAUUCCAACAGACGAUCCCCUCAUCCCUGAACAUCUUCGUGGUCUUCCCCAGUCAUUUUGCUACGAUGCUGCACACCCUGACCCAAAACGAGCUGGACAACCUAAAGGAAUCCAAGCAAUCUUGGAAGAGCGCGGUCUUUGGCAGCACUAUACUGCUCUACAAAUACAAGCAGGCAAACGACCUCUGAAGCUUCGAUGUGAUACUUGUGUCACCUCCAAUAUGCGAAAGGAUGCUUUGUGCCGUUCAGCCAAGUUAAUCCAGCAAGCUGAAGAUUCUGGAUACUUCUUGAGUCAGGAACAAUGUGUUGCCUAA